CCAUAUCUUCGCGUGUUUUAGGGGAAAAUGGGGAAGAAAAAGGGUCGGCGUCAAUCUGACCCGUCCAGAGACGAAUGCGAGUCGACUGACGAAGAAACGGUCGGAUUAGAGAUAGAAGUACAAAGCAGUUGUCCGCACACAGGCAAAGCUGUAUCUUUGGGUUGUAUAAAGAAGAAUCUAAAGAUAGCCUGGGUCCGUGUCGGUCAGUGUGCUGUGUGUCUACGGGAGAAGAAGAUGAGUAGCAGGCCGGCCACCCUACCCAGGGGGAAAACAGGAGCAAAGAAAACUCUACAAGAUGUCAAGAAUGAGCAGCUUGAGAGAGCCCGUCAGGAGCAGAUAAACGCUGCUCAAAAACUAAAACAGCUUCCUAGCAAGGAGGAUUCAGUUAAAGAAGGCGUUGCGGAUACCAAAAACGGUGUGGCGGAUACCAAUAAAAGUGUGGCGGACACCAAUAACGGUGUGGCGGAUCCUGCUACGUCUAGUGUAUGGCUGUGUUUGAAGUGUGGAAGCCAGGCUUGUGAUGCCAAGGAUAAAGAUCAUGCUCUCACUCAUUAUAAAACUCCCAGAUCUGAGCUGCAUUGUAUAUUCGUAAACACUGAAACCUGGACAAUAUUCUGCCACGAGUGCAACAAGGACAUCUUCAUUGACAGUCACAAGAAGCUGUACGAGGCUGUUGAGUUUAUCAAGAAAAUCGACUCAAAUCCUAGUAAACACAUGGCUAAGACAGUGAUGCCCAGUAUGUCUUUGCCUAAAUUGACCGGGAAAGAGUUGAAGGAUCAAACUAAUGUAGCAGUGCAGGCUGGUCAGCUUCCUAAGGUUAAAGGUUUGAAUAACCUAGGAAACACGUGUUUCUUUAACUCCGUGAUGCAGUGCUUGUCCCAAACCCAUCCUCUCACUCAACUCAUUGAUCUGCAGUCAACCAAGGGAGCUAACUUUACUACUCAGGUACUAGAGUGUACUGGAGAGAAUACACUAUCAGAGGAUGAAAAUGAUAAUAUUGGUAGUUUUGGGAUUCCUGAGUUAAGUGUUCAAUUAACCGAGGGGGGUCCUAUGAUGACCAGCCUCGCUGCUUUCCUUAAAGAAAUGCACUCUAAUGGCAAAGCAACAACAAUUAGUCCUUCCCAUCUCUUCGGACAGGUUGUAAAACAGUCUCCAAAAUUUCGAGGAAUGCAGCAACAAGACAGCCAAGAACUACUUAGGUACCUGAUGGACGGGUUGAGGAGUGAGGAGGUGAAGAGGCAGAAGAGCGCAGUCCUCAAAUAUUUCGGGUUGUCGGAGAAGACGGAUCCCGGAGCUGUUCCUAAAAAUGUUCGGAAAAAGUUGAAACUGUACGGGAGGACGGGAAACCAUACUCUUCUAGAUAAAAUAUUCUCAGGUCAAAUGGUGUCUACAGUUGUCUGUGAAGAAUGUCAUUAUUCAAGUCAAACAUAUGAAUCAUUUCUUGAUCUCAGUUUACCUGUUGUUGAAGAUAAACCUCAUAAACCUCGAGCCCGGAACCCUGAUCUAGUUCUUCCUGACGACGAUGACGAUGUGAGAGUCACCUGCUGUGGGGUCCAGGAGGAGAAGAAGUCCAAGGGUCAAAUAAAGAAGGAGAAGUUGAAGAAGAAGAAGGAAUCUCGUCGCAACAGGAAGGACGGGAAGGAGGAGAAGAAGGAUGAUACUAAGGAUGAUGAAGGGAAGAUGAAAGAAUCUGAACAGGAUGCACUAGUCAAAUCUGUCCUGAAAACAGCAGCGAAAUCUGUGAUAGAGAAUAAAGACGACAAAUCCAUUCCAAAGAUAAAAUCUGUGAAAACAGAGACGAGACCUGUAGAGGAGCGAGUAGUGGACGAAAGCUGGAAGGACGGGAAUGAAGAGGACGAGGAGGAUGACGAUGACGAUGACGAUGAUGAGGAUGGCUGGGAGUGGGAUUACGGACAUCCAACCAAUACUGGAGAAACUAAGUUUAAAGAAAAUGAAUCUGACUCUGACUAUAUUGAGACAGGGGUUGAGGAAGAGAAAGAGGAAGUCCCAAGUAAACCUCUACAAUCAUUAAACCCACUCCCGCCGGAGAUGAUUAACCAGUUUGAGCACGAGAAAAGCUCAGAGAGAACUGGCGAAAAUUCAGAAAAUGAGACGGGCGCUUCUUCCAAUGCUGACAUUGAAGACAAUGACAGUGAUGAAAGUCGGAAAAAAUGGGCCAAUACUCAAGUUAUUCUUCUCAACCUGUCAAAACUGGAUCCGGUGAACUUAAACCCGGAGAACUUGGAUCCACACAUGGAGGAAUUAUGCCGAGGAAUCAAACUGCUCAAUUCAACCCCGGAGAACAAGGAUACAGAGAACUCUGACCUCUCCUACCUCACGGCGGAGUCGGAGCAGAAGGAGAGCGGAGACAAACCUCCGCCUGGACAUAAACCUGUUCCAGGAGAUAGAUCCGGGAAGAAGGUUUUGGACAAGGAGGAGCAAAAGCUGAGAUUGAGAAACGAAUGGACUGCCAGGACACUAGUCAGUUUGGCUCCCAGGUGUUCCGGAGAUGAUAGUGAUGAUAGUGAAGAAAAGAAGAAGAAACCUAAAACAGUUUAUUCCAACGCUUCAAAACAAUUUCUAAUAUUCUGUCCUCCGAUGAUCCUCACUAUACACCUCAAGAGGUUCCAGCAGACCCUCAUGGGAUGUAGGAAAUUGAACAAACAUGUAGCAUUCCCUGUACUUCUUGACCUUGCUCCAUUCUGCUCUAGCACUGCUCUUUCCAUUCCUUUAAUGCGACCAAACCAAACCAAGGUAUUGUACAGUUUGUACGGUGUUGUGGAACAUUCCGGUAGAUUGCAGGGUGGCCACUAUACAGCCUUUGUCAAGGUCCGUCCAGCGAACACAUCAAAUAGAAACAUAUCAGACUUCUUCUCUCCGCCACUAAGCAGGGCGGAGGAUAUCUCUAGAUUCUUGGCGGAGCUCCGGCAAAAAUCCUCGAGCAAGGCUCCGCCGGCGGAACCCGAGGUUGAGAGUUUAAACCAGCCUCGGCGAUGGUUCCACGUGUCAGACACUGCUGUCAGCGAGGUUACUGAGGAGAAGGUUCUCAAGGCCCAGGCUUAUUUAUUAUUCUACGAGAGAAUUUUGUGAUAUUUCGUUUAUUUAUCACUCGUCUUAAUGUGAACUUCCUUCUUUGCUUUCAACUUUAACCCAAUCUCAACCAUUCCUUGGUUCUCUUCUUCUGUCAUAUCUAUCAACCCCUUUAAUUAUGAACAAAAAUACUCGUACUUGGCAAUAUGAAUGAAUUACAAAUUUAUUACCAACAAUUGUG